CGAGAGCAUAACCCUUGGAUCUUGGAUUUGAACCUCAUACAAGCGUUCAAGGCUGUGGUUUUAAGCCUAGGGCGACACGGGAUAAUGGCAGUACUAGACAACCACGUAAGCAAGCCUGGUUGGUGCUGUAACAACUAUGAUGGCAAUGGCUUCUUCGGGGACCAGUUCUUCAACCCGGAGGAAUGGAUCAAGGGUUUGGCUAGAAUGGCCAGGUUGGUUAAAGGAGUCACUAACGUCGUCGGCAUGAGCCUGAGGAAUGAGCUCAGAGGUCCCAAACAAAAUGCCCCAGAUUGGUACAGGUACAUGCAAAUGGGGGCUGAGGCGGUGCACGGAGCAAACCCAGACAUUCUAGUGAUCUUAUCCGGCCUCAGCUUCUCAACAGACCUAAGCUUCCUCUCAACUCAAAAAGUCCAACUAACAUUCACCGACAAACUCGUCCACGAGCUCCACUGGUACAGUUUUACGGAUGGAAGAGCCUGGGACCGGAACGUCAACGAUGCUUGCGCUUCGAUAACAUCCAGUGUCAUGAACCGAGCCGGAUUCAUACUGAACCAAGGAUUGCCUUUGUUUUUGAGCGAGUGGGGAGUUGAUCAGAGAGGGGAGAACGGGAAGGAUAAUAGAUACUUGGGGUGUAUGAUGGCGGUUGCGGCGGAGUUGGAUGUUGAUUGGAGUCUCUGGGGUUUGCAAGGGAGUUAUUACCUUAGAGAGGGGGUGGUCGAUAUGGAGGAGAUGUACGGGGUUUUGAGUUCGGACUGGGAGAGGCCUCGGAAUCCGAGGUUCUUGCAGAGGAUCGCUUCUCUCCAAUCACCCUUCCAAGGUAUAAAUUUAUAGAUGACUUGCACGCUGUGGCAUGACAUCGUAAAUCUGCAAUUUUUCUUCGCGCGUGCAGGUCCCGGGCUCGGCCUUUUCCCGCAGUACAUAGUACUCUACCAUCCUGCAUCCGGGUUGUGCAUUGGACAGGACGACUGGCUUAACACACCGUUGAGGUUAGGCUCCUGCGACGCUCCGAGGGGCUGGACAUACACGCCCCAAAAAACCAUUCAAUUUAUCGGCGCGGUGGGCUGCCUGAAGGAAUCAGGCCCCGGCCAGAGGGUGACGCUGGUAGACGAAAGCGACGAUCGGCGAUCCAAAUGGGAUCUGAUAUCGGAGUCCAAAAUGCACGUAUCUUCUCAGAGCGGGAGUAAUCUGUGUCUGGAUGUUGGGUCUGAUGGCAGUACCCUCGUGACGAAUCCGUGCAGGUGUCUCAGCGAAGAUGAGGAGUGUGAUCCUCAGAGCCAGUGGUUUAGGCUGGUUCCUCGUACUAGGCCUAUUCCACAAUCUAUUAUACCUUAGCAUGUGACAAACGAGUCGAAGAAAAUUCCAAUAAAACAUAAUUUUUGCCCAGUUAUUUUGAAGGUAGUGCGGCCUCUUAGUUUUGUCUGAUAGUAAUUAAACAUGAAGUCGCAUUACGAAACGCAUCCUAUAUUUAUUGCC